AUGACAUUUGUUGCAACUAACAGGAUGGAGUGGCUGUUCCAGCGUUGCCAUAAAGAGGCUGUUUUCCACUCUGUCUUUCGUUCGGUUCUGCUCAUGUCAUGUUUGCUUUUGGUCCUGUCCAUAUCCAUGUGUCCUGGGUUGUGGUCCAUCGGGGUCCAGCUUCAUUCAGCCGUAACAGGGAGCUAUUUACCAGGCCACCAUUCUGUCAUCCUCAUCAACAAUCCCAAUGAACAGGCAGCUAAGGACAUUGGCAGGGCAAUCAUGGAAAGACGGCUGGCUGCCAGUAUUAACAUUCUCUCCAGGACCUCCACAAUGUACUAUUGGAGAGGCGAAAUCCAGGAAGCAAGUGAAAUUCUGAUGUUGGUGAAAACAAAGACCUCCAGGAUUCGGCAAGUAAUAGACUAUGUGAGGUCUGUCCACCCCUAUGCAAAUCCAGAAGUCCUCAGCUUCCCAGUGGAGGACGGCAGCCUGGCUUACAUGAAGUGGAUGGAUGAAACUAUUCCAGAUGACUGA